AUGCGUUAUUUCAUUAUUUGUUUGUUAAUCUCCAUAUGUGUGGCUAAUUUGGUAGAAGAUCCUAAGUUUCUUCCUCAAAACAAGCAUCAUCAUGUUCGACGACACUCUCAGCAUUUAAAAUAUCAGAGAGAUCUUCGGAUGAACUGCGGAUUUGGGCAGUGUCCAGACGAUGGUUUUUUCGUGUAUUAUAAAUGUUGUCGGAGUCGAUCAGACCAAUGUUGUUGGUAUCUACGCAUGUGGGUUAUUGUAGUAUUCGGGGUAAUUUUGCUGAAAGCAUUUUUGGCUUGUUUUGUGUCCUUUUUCCGAUGUGUUUGUUGCUGA